UUUUCAGAGUACAAAUCCUUCAAGUAAUAGGAUUUAAAACUUCAGGUGGAUAGUUGGCUUACAGACUUCGGAUGCUUCGGUUCUGGUGCGAGAGUUUGCAACGCACAUUGGACGCUUUCACCGGCGGCUAGGCUUAUUUGUUGUAGUAUAAAUCGCGUGUUCCUUUCAAACUUCGCUCAGAAAAGUAACUUCAAAAUGUCUCUGUUACAAAAACCAAAGAGUGAAAUGACCCCAGAGGAGCUCGCUAAGCGGGAAGAAGAGGAAUUCAACACAGGCCCUUUAUCGGUCCUCACGCAGUCUGUCAAAAGCAACACCCAAGUGCUGAUCAAUUGCCGCAACAACAAAAAGUUGCUGGGACGGGUAAAAGCAUUUGACAGGCAUUGCAACAUGGUGCUGGAAAACGUGAAAGAGAUGUGGACAGAAAUUCCGAAGACGGGCAAGGCAAAAAAGAACAAUCCUGUGAACAAAGAUCGCUACAUUUCCAAGAUGUUUCUUCGGGGUGAUUCAGUUAUACUUGUUCUCAGAAACCCGUUGGCCACACAAAAAUCUUGAAUGUCAUCUGUGUUGUUGUGUCAUUUUUGUAUAAUAAAUAUUCACAUUUUAUGUUGGUA